GACGCCUUGAUCAUAAAGCUAGUGGAUCGUCUCGCUUGCAGAGAUCAGUUUUCUUGGGUCUGUCUAAAGUGUGAUGUGAUUGAAAAAAUAUAUCUUUCAAUUAAUUUCUUUUAUUAUGCGAGCAAAGUUCAAUAGCUACAUCGAUUCUUCUUCGAUCUUAAUUUCUUUCUUUUUUUAUUCUUAAUUCUGCAAAAAACUUGGUGCGGUAUAUAAUAUAUAAUAUAAGUGUACAAAUUCGUGUGUAAAAAUGAUGUUACGUAAAUUUAAAAUGUAUUCAGAUGUAGUCAGUGCUUGUAAAUGGUACGAUGUGUUGGCAGCUGUAAGUAAUACGUAUAGAAGAGAAACUAAAAAAAUGAGUUUGCGCUGGAUUCACGAGAAUCUAGAAGCACCAACGUGCGACGAGGAAUGCAGCGAUAUCGACGACAGUUGUAGCGACGACAGCUACGACACGGAAUUGUCCCUUCAGGAAGAGGACAAUGUGACAGAGAACGGGAAAGAUAUCGCUCGUGAUGGCCGGAAGAAGAGGGAAAUCAGAAGAGCCCCGACCUCGACCGUCACCUUCGACGGGAACGGAACGCCACGCAACAUUGAACGUAACUUCAAAUCACGCAAGUACCCGCCUUACGUAAUAUGGGAUCCACGACAGCCAGCGAAAAAUCCUAACUAUAAUUGUCGGAUAAUUAAGCUGUACUGUCGCAUCGGGUAUCAUUUGACAGUUACGCCUUCGGGACGGAUUGAAGGAUUAUCCGGAAAUAAGGAACCACAUGCUCUACUUUACGCGACGCCGGUAUCUUUUGGCGUUAUUAGAAUACAAAGCGUCGAAACAAGGCUAUACUUGGCAUUUAACAAGAAAGGGCAGUUAUACGGAGAGGUAAAUAUGACUAAUGACAACACUGAAUGGGAACAAUGGAGCAUUGGUACUUACGACGCAUUCCGAUCGCGUAAAUAUACGCAUCAUGGAUGGUGGAUAGGAAUAAAGAAAAAUGGACGAGCAAAACCAGGGCCAAAAACAUUUUGGGGACAAAAAGCGAUACAAUUUUCGGCUAUCCAAGAGGAUUAAUCCAAAACUUUCAAGAUAUAGACGUAAUAUGUGGCAUGCUUCGUAUUUUGCUUCCAAUAUUUCAUUUGUUGCGUAAAAACUUUCCUGGGAAGAAAUCCAGGACGAUGAUGAAUGAAUGAAUAAUUUGAGCAACGCAUUACAUCGCACGAUAAACGAUAAGGGAUAAGAUAAUCAUUUGGAUGAGACACCGAUAAUCAUCAAACAGUAAUGUUUCAAUGAAUAUAAUGUUUAUUAUAAUACUGUUAUUCAACAACAAUUGAGACAAUUUGGGAUUGUGCAUUGUGCUUGUGCUCUCACACUGAAACUCUAUCGCAGUUUGCAGAUACAUAUAUAUUAUAUGCCAAUCAAUACGUCAAAUCCUUAUGCUUACACGAUGAUAUUGCGUAUCUAUAAUUUACAUCGUUUUGUGAAUAACAAAAAUUAUCUGGUCAUCUUGCUUAUAAUGCAUACACGAAUAAAUUAGCUUUUCAUAAUAUAUCAUCAAUUAUAGCGUACUACAUUCUAUAUAAUCUUAUACAUUAUCUCUUUUGUACAUCUACAUACAAUGCGUAUAUACGUCAUGCGUAUAAAUACGUCAAAAUUUUACAAGCAAGAAUUUUCUAUUAAAGAGCAAAUACUUGGAUAAAAUAUAUGUACGGCUUCGAAUGUUUUAGUACCCAACUUUGUAGAUGUUAAGUGUGAAUUUCCAGCAAAUUUUAGAAAAAGCCUACGAAUGUAACGAAUGUAAGCGAAUGUAUAUGAAAGAGAGAUGAAUUCGUAAUCGUAUAUAAAAAAAUUUAUUAAUGUUAAUGGUAUUAAAUAAUAAAAUUAAAUUAUUUAGAAAUA